GUCGUUAACAAUUGACGUGUCUCUCAGAACGAGUGGGAUCUCUGUCGUUUUUAGAUGUUGAUCUUCACCUUCUGAGGCGACGACUCUGCUCACUCCCUUCUUCUUCUUUUUUGAUACUUUUGCUUCCCUCUUGUUCUCUUUGUUAAGCGAAACUGAAGUAAAAGGAAUGAAGAUGAGUUUCUGGUUGCUAGGCUUGGAAUAAAACCUGUUUGGUUUUGGAUGCUGGUUCGAUUAGCUUGAAUUUGGAUUAUAAUACACCGAGCGCUAGUCAUGAGCAAAAGACUUCUGCAAAUUGAGCCCAAGGAACUUAAGUUUACCUUUGAACUAAAGAAGCGAAGUUCAUGCUCAGUUCAGUUGACUAAUAACACCCACCACUAUGUUGCUUUCAAGAUCAAGACAACCUCGCCUAAGAAAUACUCAGUUCGGCCACAUGUAGGGGUUCUCAUGCCAAAAUCUUCUUGUGCGUUCGUAGUCACAAUGCAAGCUCAACGAACGGCACUGGUAGAUCUGAUGUGCAAGGACAAAUUCUUAAUUCAAAGCACCGUUGUUCCCGUUGAAACGACUAAUGAUGACAUUACUUCUAGCUUGUUUGUCAAAGAUGCCGGCAGAUACAUUGAAGAAGAGAAACUGAAAGUGACCCUGGUUAGCCCAUUUCAUUCAGCCGAAGCAUCUCCUGUUAAUGGAGACAUUAAAAAAGGACUGGCCCAAGAAAAUGAUAAGAUGCUCAGUGAAGAUGAAAUUACAUCUCCGGAAAACAUGGUUAAGAAUGCAGAGAAUAAGAUAGAUAAUGAGGAGUUAAAGUAUGUAAAGGAUAUGAAAUUGAAGCCGGCAAAAGAUAGGGUGUUCAAUGCUGUGAAGGAUGUGGAGGAACCGAAACCAGAUAAAGCAGCGCUGAAAGUGCCAAAUAAUUUGGAGCUGAACAUUGCAAAGGAUGUAGAUGAAUUGAAGUCAGAGAAAGCAGAAGAGUCAAAGAUAUCAGGGGGUAUAGAAGAGCUGAAAUUAAUGGAAUCUACUGAGAAUUCAGAGGUAUCAAAAGAUGCAGAGAAACUGAAGUCAGAAAAAGAAGUGAAGGUAUCAAAGGGCGUAGAGGAGUUGAAAUUAAUGGCAUCCAUAGAAGAGAUGAAGUUAAAACUGGAUGAAUUUGAGUCCAAGUUAAAUGAGGCUGGAGUAACAAUAUCGAAGCUAAGAGAGGAAAGGAUGGCAAGCAGGCUAGAGACUGAGAUGUUGCAAGAAAAACUAGCGGAUCUGAGUAAGAGAGAUGCAAGAGAAGUUCAAGUUGGGUUCCCUCUUCUGUAUGUCUGCAUGGUGGCGCUAAUCUGUGUAUUCCUUGGAUACCGUUUACACUCCUGAGUCGGGGAAUCAUCUGUAUGAAGCGGCUAACAUUUUGAGGUGUUUUGUUAAUAGCUGGUGUUUUUGCGUAAAUACUUAAUAUAUCUGCAGAUGUUAUGGUU